UAUGCUAGCGGUAGCUAACUUCACUCUUGUUUCCGCGUGUUGAUGCUGAAGAGAAGAUCGUGGAGAAACAAGCAUUUUGCUUCGCAGAGAGCAACAAGUAGAGGAAAAUGGACAUGAAGAAGAGGGUUUCUUUGGAGCUGAGGCACCGGUCUCCAGCGGAGGUCCAGGAACUGGUUUUGGACAACUGCCGCUCCAGCGAGGGAAAGAUCGAAGGAAUAACAGAGGAGUUCUCCAACCUGGAGCUGCUCAGCCUUAUCAAUGUGGGCUUGACCAGUGUAGCAGACAUCCCCAAACUGGACAAGCUGAAAAAGUUGGAGUUGAGCGACAACAGGAUAUCAGGGGGUCUGGAGGUCCUGGCAGAGCGGUUGGUGAAUCUAACGCACCUCAACUUGAGCGGCAACAAGUUCAAAGACAUCAGCACGCUGGAGCCGCUGAAAAAGUUGCCUCAGCUGAAGAGCCUGGACCUGUUCAACUGUGAGGUGACCAACCUGGGUGACUACAGGGACUCCAUCUUCACGCUCCUCCCGCAGCUCACCUACCUGGACGGCUACGACGUGGAGGACUGCGAGGCGUCCGACUCUGAUGGAGAGGGCGACGGCAUCGACGAUGAAGAGGUAGAGUCGGAGGAGUUGUGGGAGGAGGAAGAGGAGGAUGAAGAAGAAGUGGUGGCAGAAGAAGACCACGAUGAUGAUGACAGUGGUGAUGAUGAGGAUGGGGGGGUGAAUGGAGAAGUGGACAGCGAGGAUGAUGAAGACGAGGAUGAUGAAGACGAGGACGACGAGGAAGAUAAUGAUGAGGAUUCUUCUCCAGCAAAAGGAGAGAAGAGGAAGAGAGACCCUGAAGAUGAAGACGAUGAAGAUGAUGAGUGAAACCCUGUAGACCCCUCUUAACCCCCACCUCCUCCCCGUCUCCUCUAAGCUAACACCAGCUCUGCCUCCACCUUCACAGGGCUGCAUCCUCUCCAACACCACAUAACUUUAAUCGUUUCCCCUCCUUCUCCUCAAACUGCAGUCAGAUUUAUAUUUUAUUUAAGUUUACGGACUAAUCGAAAAUCCUCUGAACUCCUCAGAUUCUUCAACGUUAUUUUAUUUUUUGUGCAUUUCUAAUAAACUCAGGAAAUAAAAUCUUAAAGCUUCAGGCUCAAAAGUUAGUUGAAGACACUUCUUACAGAAGACAUUUUGACCUAUUGUUUAUAAAAGUGGUUUUUGAGUUUUGUUGAAAAACAAGAAACUUCAACUGGAUUUUUAUUUUACCAUUACAGUUUAAACCAAAUACUUUUCGCCACCAUAAUUUAGCAGAGGCAGCCCAAAUGUUGUAUUUUUACAGCACACAUGAACUCUGUUUUUCCUCUUUACCUCCAGAUCCCUCAGAUUCCCUGCAGUCAUAAAAACUGCAUUCUGACAAUAAAGCAUCUGUGAAGCCGUUAAAUUACUUUAUGUUCAGCCAAAUAAGGUUUGUCGUACCCAUCAAGCUGUUUGUGUUAUAAUGUAAAAUAGUUGAGGUGUGAAAUGUUUAAAUUCAGGUCAGUGGAUGCAGAUUUUUGUACUUUCUGAGGUUUGAAUCAAGUCCUUUAAUCAUUGUUUCUUUGUUUUGUUUUGUUUUAUUUGCCCCCUCCCCCUACGCCCCUGAUCCAUCGUCCCGUUUCCUCGCAGCAAAGUACGCUCAGGGCAAACUGUUGUUUUGAUUUUUUUUGUUUUUGCCAGCAGAGCUUUUUAAAAGAUCUAUUUUUUCAGAGAAUUUUUGUUUACUUUUGUAUGGCUCUCUCGGGACACUGUCUCUCUCUCCGUUUGCCGUGGCGUUUGUUUCCAGAGAGAUCCAGCUGUUCCUUCACUCUUACAGCGACCGAUUAGGUUGUUUGCUUUCUUUUGUUUUUUACUUUCUGUAAGUUAAAUGAGAAAUCAUACAAAAGGAGUCUGUAAAUAAAAUCUUAACGUUUUC